AACUUCAUUCAAAAGAACCUUUAAAGAUCAAUUGUGACAAUUUGCAAUUUUUUUGUGAUUAUUUCUAUAGCUGCCGGGAUAAGGAAUCGUUUCGGAAGGUAUUCCAAAUCAAACUUGAAUCCAGCCUAAAGGAAAAACUUUAAUAAAUAUUCGAACUUUCGAUAUUUAAGAAAAUGUCUGAUCAAAUUGAGAAUACCCAGCAGAUGGAGCAGAAUCUGGAUCCCAAGGGAGCUUAUUUUGCCAGCCUCGCGGUGUGGGCCAAACAGCUUCGUGAGGCCCAAGAGGCCAUGGCCGGGUUCCCGGGAUAUUUGCUUGCCAAAUACCCGGAGCUCUUUCGCACACCGAACGGAGGCCAGCAGACAAAUACUUUGGGACGUAUCCAACCGCGUCCAGUUCAAGGGCUAGCGGCUGCAUCGGCCAGAGCUUUUGGAAUACCGCCUGGACGAGCUCGUCGUCUUCUUCGUCAUCGCAUCCUUAACAGGGGCGACCAGCAAAACCCGAUAGACCGUCGUGGUGGCUAUGUGGUCGCCUUGGCGCCCUUAUGGAAACGAGCUGUAGCGCAGGCCAUCGACAUGUACCUUCUUCUUUUGCUGAAGGUCCUCAUUGCGCAUUUGCUUGCUUGCCAGUUUCCCAGCAUUGGAGAGCAAUUGAUUUGGCGGGUAAUUACAGAUGACCUGGUCAUGUACUACUUUGGCAUAACUACAUCGACUCAAGCGCUGCUCGUCAGAAUGUUUCUCAAGCUGGUCGGGUUCUGCUACGAGCCGCUGUGGACCAGCUACUGCAAUGGAGCCACACCCGGCAAGUGGCUAAUGAAGAUACGAAUUGUGACCGCUUGCGCGGUGAUGCCGUUUUCCCCGCCCGAUGGACCCAGUCACCCACGCAUCGUCUUUGUCUAUCCGGCAUGGAGGCUCACUAUGCAACGUGCCAUUUUCCGGUCGCUUAUUAAGCGCUUUGUGACGACAAUCAUCCUACCCAUCUCCAUCAGAUUCGUUUUCCGUCGUCACAGGGCUUAUUAUGACCAAUGGACUAAUACGAUUGUCUUGGAUAAUAAAUUCAAAGCCGUGCAUUACCUUGGCGUACGUAAUCGGUAUCCGCGCUGAUACAGCCUAAUGAUUUGGGACUUCAUUUUAUACACACAAUUAAAAUUUUACAUAUGUACAUAGAUGUUAUUAGUACAUCCAUUGAGACCUUUUAAAUA